AUGGACAACCGCGCGCAACAAGCCAUCGCCAAGGUUGACGACACGGUGAACUAUCUCUUCUACACAGCCGAUCAAAUCUACGAACUCAUUAAUGAGAAGCGUUUUCUCCCGAAGAAUCCGACCGGCGCAAAUGGAGCUACCAACAGUCGGAUGAAAUCGAUGGCGCAAAGCACGAAUUCAACGUUUAGCUCGAAGAGAAGCCUGACUGAACAAUCUGCACAGCAAACUCAUCGACAAUUUUCCGGUCCAUGUUUUUGCCAGCGGAAUCGUCAAAUUCCAAAGAGCUCGUUGGAUCAAGAUGCCUACUCGAACAACCGUGAAAUGAGAAGCCUUUGUGCCAAUCAAGCUUCUGUCUCCAAACUGCCUUCUGAACAAACUCCGAUCAAUCAAAUUGUUGUAGAUGCUCCGGUAAAGGGUGAAAUACGCAAGCAGGAUAAGAAUUUUCAACCCAUCAAGGCUCCGAAGUGUUGCGGCUCUCACAAAAAGCAUACGGAUGUCAGCGAAACUUGCCGCUCGACCAAAAUUGAACAAACCGAUGUUUCUAUGCAAAAAGGCAAAUCUUCAAAGGCAUCUCGUCAAGAUAAUAUGUUUGCCGAAGCUGAUGUAGAGCCAGAACAAUCAUCGGUCAAAACUGGCGCAAAGGUUCAUCUCGACACCCGAAAGACGAUGCCCCGCUACAACUCUGAGCAAAAGGAUGCUGGUGCUCCUACUUUGACUCAACCGAUCAACAAGCACCAACAAGCCCAGCCGUCGAUCGCAGUGAGAUAUGUGACUUCUUUUACCGAACGGACGCCAAAUUCUGGUAAAAUUACGAUGUUCCAGCAAGGGCGUGAGAAUUUUGCAUUUCCGAUCGCCGUCAAGGAUAAGAAAAUCAAUCUCGAAUACGGCAUCGGAAAAGAUAAAGAUGGGCAGCAAAUUAUUGUUUCUGCAACGCUUGUUAUCUCUCAGCCAAACGAAGAGGGAUGGAUUGAUGUGCACUACACUGCCUUUAAGCCGGAUGAAUCUUUGCUCCUUGAACUGACUACUAAGCUCCGUGGUGAAGAGCUUGACAAAAUGGGCAUCAGCUCCAUG